AUGGAGCGCCCGUCCAAAAGAGCCAAAAUCUUAUCAGAUUCCGAUGAUGGCUCAGCGAGUACAGCCUUGACGUCUUUGCAAAGGACCAUUAGCCCACCAUUGCCACGAGGCUGCCCCGAACUGACUGAUGGGAAAUUGACUUCUGACACUGGAGACACUGGAGGCACUGCUCGCCCUCCCAAGUUGGUCAAUUCGCCAGUACAACUUACCCAUAUUCGAGAUCUACCGGAUGGUAACAAUGUCGACACCAUCCGACUACGUGAUAUUCUCGGAGAUCCCAUGAUUCGCGAAUGCUGGCAGUUCAAUUACCUCUUUGAUGUGGAUUUUCUCAUGUCGCAGCUCGACGAGGAUGUCCGCAGUCUGGUGCAAGUCAAGGUUGUGCAUGGAUCGUGGCGAAGGGAGGAUACGAAUCGGAUUCGAAUUGAAGAGGCCUGUUCGCGAUAUCCUAAUGUUGAGCCUAUUGUGGCCUACAUGCCGGAGCCUUUCGGGACACAUCAUUCCAAGAUGAUGAUUCUUCUUCGGCAUGAUGACCUAGCUCAAGUUAUCAUUCACACGGCAAACAUGAUCCAUAUGGAUUGGACUAAUAUGACACAAGCCGCCUGGCGCUCCCCAUUGCUUCCCCUGCAGAAGACAAGCUCAGCACGAUCUCAGACAGACACCAAAAUUGGCUCGGGAGCACGGUUCAAAAGGGAUCUCCUCACUUAUCUGAAAGCGUAUGGACCUAAAAAGACCGGCCCGCUGGUCCAGCAGUUGGAUAGCUACGACUUCGGCUCUAUUCGCGCCGCCCUCAUUGCUAGUGUUCCGUCCAAAAAGCACGUCAGUGACUCCAGCUCAGAAGAGGAUACACUAUGGGGCUGGCCUGCUCUGAAAGACUUAAUGAGCCAGAUACCCAUCCAGCAGAAAAACACAGGCAAGAAACCACACAUAGUAAUCCAGAUCUCUUCAGUAGCAACCCUCGGCCAAACAAACAAAUGGCUCAAAGACGUGUUCUUCAAAGCCCUCACCCCAACCCAAACCCCCAAACCAACAACCUACUCAAUAAUCUUCCCAACCCCAGACGAAAUCCGCCGCUCCUUAGACGGCUACAACUCCGGCGGCUCAAUCCACAUGAAAACCCAAAGCGCAACACAACAAAAGCAACUCCAAUACAUGCGUCCGCAUCUCUGCCAAUGGGCAGGUGACACCCUCGCCCCAGGCCAAUGCGUCGAUCUAUCCGAAGACAAUCCCCCAAAGCGCGAAGCAGGCCGCGCCCGCGCAGCCCCGCACAUCAAGACUUACAUCCGCUUUGGGGACUCGGACAUGAAGACCAUCGACUGGGCGAUGGUGUCAUCGGCGAAUCUGUCUACGCAGGCGUGGGGCGCGGCGACGAAUGCGAGUGGCGAGGUGCGCAUUUGUAGCUGGGAGAUUGGCGUUGUUAUUUGGCCGGAUCUUUUCCGAGAUGGGGGCUGUGGCGAUGCUGCAUCUGCAUCUGAAUCCCGAGCGGAAGAGAAAUCCCCGAUGCCAGACAUGCUGAUGGUUCCUUGCUUUAGGCGAGAUUGUCCUUCUGUGUCUGAGGGCGCUGAGACGGCUUCGGUGGUCGUCGGGUUCCGGAUGCCUUAUGAUCUGCCAUUGACGCCGUAUGGUGCGGGUGAUGAGCCGUGGUGCGCGACUGCUUCGCAUGCUCUACCGGACUGGCGAGGGGAGAGUUGGAUUGCUUGA